CUUCUGUCAAGCAACACAGUUAUCUGGUGAAUCAACUUAUUAACACACAUAAGCUAGCACCUUCGCUGGCUUGUUUCAGCACUAUUGGUGUCAAGCUUUGAGCAACAGCUGCAGGAAUAAACGAGUGUUUCAUUUUUUUCGCACUGUCUCAAAUUGCCAGUCGCAGCAAACGAAGAAGGAAGGAAAGCAACAGACAGGCAGUAAGAAAAAAUAUUCUGUUAUACGCUCGGCUGCCAUAUAGCUAUGUCCUCCGGUGAUGCGUCGGAGCAGAGUCGGCGGUUUUGUGUGCUGUCUUGGGAGCAGGUGCAGCGAUUGGACUCGAUUCUUGGAGAAACGGUACCGAUUCACGGGCGUGGAAACUUUCCGACACUUUCCGUUCAACCCCGACAAAUUGUGCAGGUGGUCCGGGCACGGCUGGAGGAACGUGGCGUUGCCGUGCGCAACGUGAGGCUGAAUGGAUCGGCGGCUAGCCACGCGCUUCACCAGGACACUGGACUCGGCUACAAGGAUCUGGACUUGAUUUUUGGUGUGUCGUUACCGGACGACAAGGCUUUCCGCCUGGUCAAGGAUGUGGUUUUGGACUGCCUGUUGGACUUCCUGCCCGAGGGCGUGAGCAAGGAGCGCAUCUCGGCGCUGACGCUCAAGGAGGCCUACGUGCAGAAGCUGGUAAAGGUGUGCAACGACUCGGACCGCUGGAGCCUCAUCUCGCUCUCCAACAACACCGGCAAGAACGUGGAGCUCAAGUUUGUGGAUUCGCUGCGGCGGCAGUUCGAGUUCAGUGUGGACUCCUUCCAGAUCGCCCUGGACUCGCUGCUGCUGUUUGACCGCUGCUCCGAGACACCCAUGUCCGAGAGCUUUCACCCGACGGUGCUCGGGGAGAGCGUCUACGGGGACUUUGAAGAGGCGCUGGGCCACCUCUCACACAAGGUCAUCGCCACACGAAACCCCGAGGAGAUCCGCGGUGGCGGCCUGCUCAAGUACUGCCACCUGCUGGUGCGAGGCUUCCGACCGACGUCGGAGGCCGACAUGAAGUUGCUGCAGCGUUACAUGUGCUCGCGUUUCUUCAUCGACUUCCCUGACAUCGGCGAGCAGCAGCGUAAGUUGGAGGCCUACCUGCAGAACCACUUUGCCGGCAUGGAGCACAAGCGCUACGAGUGCCUGGCGACGCUGCACCAGGUGGUGAACGAGAGCACCGUGUGCCUGAUGGGCCACGAGCGGCGGCAGACGCUCAACCUGAUCUCGGCGCUGGCACUGAGGGUAAUGGCCGAGCAGAACGCCAUCCCCACUGUCACCAAUGUCACCUGCUACUACCAGCCAGCGCCCUACGUCCGUGACAUCAACUUCAACAAUUACUACGUGGCACACGUGCACUCUCUCAUGCCAUCCAGUGCCUACCAGACCUGGCUGCCCUGUAACUGACCCCCUAAACACAACACAACACAACACAAAAACACCAGAACUGUGAAACGUGAGACUUUCAAAAAAGAGUAAAAAGUACCCCCCCCGCCCCCCCCACACACACACGUGUAUACAUAGAAACACACACACACACACACACACACACGUACGUAUGUGUGCAGAGCAGCCCUGCUGUUUCAGCCCUUGUGGAGAAAUUGAGAAGUUGUGAGUGGAAGAGUGGAAAGAUGGAUAGAAAAACAAUUGGCAGUAAAACAUUCUUGUCUCCUAGUGGGAUAUAAAAGGAACUUAACAAAACCAACAAUUUUGGGAUAAGGAACAGUAAUAGGACUUUGCCAAAUGUGACUGUACUGAAACAAUCCCUUACUGCUAUAUAUCUCCUUUGAGCCAAACACAUGGUAUUUCUGUUCACCUGUUUCUUUCUUGGGACUACUGGUCCUUCCUCAAAUGUAGCAAUGGGUUGGCUUGGGUUUGCAGCAAUGUAUGUUUCUUUAUAAAAGUUUAUGAAUCUUCAAAAAAGGCUUGGUAAGUUUAAAGGAAUGCUGCAUUUUUGAGGAAUAAGCUAUGCAGUGGAGUAUUUUUUUUCGACUGUGGUUUCAAUCAACCUCUUUUAUGAAAGGAUGUUUAAAGGACCAAAGAUGUUUGAUUUCUUUUAGGUUUUUUGCUGUUGUUUAGAAGGGAAUGUUGUUCUUGUAAUUCCAAGUGCCUUACACAAAACCAAUAUCCAGAAAACACCUCCAAAGUGAGAGCUGUGCUUUCUCAAGCAUUUUUCGUGUCUCCUUAGGUAAAUGUAAAACUCUAUUUUCAGGGAUGGAGGCAUUCAUUUUAAUGUGAUUAAAAAUGAGAAAAAGCCCAAACAA